GUUUUCACAGGCACAAAAAGAGGAUUUUAAGCUAUAACAUAUGGCACGUAUUUGCCCUGCGGAAUGACCACAAUGAGUUGUUUAACUCAACGCGUCACUUGCUGCCCCACCCCUUCUUCUCCUGACCGACCCUCGGGAUAUUUUUAGCGAUGAUGAUGUGCCCUGUCAAAUAACGUAACGGAAAGAACCUCUCCCGAAUGCACAGAGAGCUGAAGCUAUUUUAUCAUUGUAUUCACCCAGAGAAGCAAAUGAGAUGAAAUUUGAAAUUAAGCUAGUGUUUUGCGCAUUGGUGGUCCUUACCAGCUCAUCGCAGACAAAGGGUCACAGUUCUGCUCCCCUUCAUAUCCUUACCCCAUCCUCCACCCCAGGUGAGGGUGUGUCUGUUACAUUCCCUGUCCCCUCAUUGGACUCAGUAAACUUAUCAUCAGUCCCAGAGCCUGAGUCUAGUCCUGCCAAUGAGCCCUCUGCAGACCAAAAUGGAGAUACACCUGAACCAGAUGUCACAGUUGGGAACAGCCUUCUCCAGUCAGAGAGUAUUCCAGAUGUUGGUGACAGUGGUGAUGUGGUCACAACUCCUGGAAUGACCACACCUCAACCGAAUCCUGCUUACACACUCCUCCCUGCUGCUCCAAGUGAAGAAAACGAACACGUCUCUGGCACUUCCUUAUCCCCACCUACUUUGAUGAGUUCCAGCCCUGCAGAGCUCACGUCAACUCCAGGGGGCGUCACUUACCUCGCAGGUGACCAGCUAACCUCCUCGACCCCACAUACCCUGAAUGCCUCUCCCACAUCCCAUGCUGUAACACCCGCCCAGCCCUCAUCCCCUCCCAGCACGCUGGGCCUCACCCCAGCCCCCACCCAACCCCCCAUGACCGCCAGUCCUCAGACCUCCGCCCAGCCACACGCCCCCGUAGGACCCUCCCACCAGGAGGUGCCAUCGGAGCUCAACGUUGGAGACGAAGAUGCCAAACUAUCACAUCACCCAAGCUCUCCUCUGGACCCUCUGCUGGCUGGGCUGGUUUCAAUCUUCAUAGUGACCACCGCCAUCAUAUCGGUCGUCCUCUUCCUGAGGUUCCGCCAACGCACCAACCACCCGGAGUUCCAUCGCCUGCAGGACCUACCCAUGGAUGACUUGAUGGAGGACACGCCACUCUCCAGAUACACAUACUGACGGAAGCAACUGCAGGCAAUAAAACUUCUAGAAUAGCAAUGUAUGGACAUUUUUCAAGUCCUUCGAGGCUCUUGAGUCUCCCCACAAUAUCCCCUGCUCGAGCAGUUUCCUGCUCGAGGCCUGGAUAUUCAAACCAAUACUGAGACCUCUUUCAUUGGAUGGUUUACCUAUUAGCUCUAUCUAAUCAUUCCCUUCGAUAAGUGGGAUGUUUUGUCUGAAUGGGGAACUGUUUUAUUCCCGUGAGACCACCUCCUUAUGAAUGCACAGCACUUUAAUGUACACAGUCACAUUGACCCCUAGUGGAGGGUAAGCAGUAAUGAAGUCUUGUUUCAAAAAGGUCAAAUAGGCUCACUGUAACAAAGAAAGGAAAUCUUUAUGUUGUUGUAGACUCCAUGAUUAAGACACACGUAAGGUAAAUAAGUAUUACAGGUAAGGUAAAUAGUAUACAGCUAUAUGUAUGAGAUCAAUCUUUAUGUUGCUGUAGAUUCCAUCAUGAAGCUAAACACAAAGUGAAUUAGACUUGUUGCAUAAGAACACCACAGAGAUAUUGUGUGAUGUUGUUCUUGAAUCGACCAAACAUGAGAGAAGUGCUCUUUCAAACCAAAAUGCCUAGUAGGUUUGUCUUAAACUAUCCUCGGUCUUACUUUAGUUGACAGACAGAUGUUGUGACAAGUAUGUGUGACGGCGAGAGGCCACAACCUAGACAACACCUGAUUUAUUUUAAAAAGCCAUAUCUUUAAUAUAAAUUAAUGAAAGUGAUUGUUCGCUGCUAAAUUUCCCGCAAGGUAAGUUUGCAUGACAUGUUUAAGUCAUGUACAUCGUUUUAAUAGGAGAGGAUUGGUAAAUUGUGAUCAAAUAGUUAUUUCUAAGUAUACAUGUAUUAUUGGUUGGGUAUACAAUGGAAAAUUAUUUAUUCAAUAUUUUAUGAAUGUCUCGCUAAUCACUACUUUGUUUGAAUUUGAAAUAUCGUAGUAGACAUGCAGUAACAUGGAAGUGAAAUUAUGACACGUUCCUUGGUUACUUUAUUUUGUUGUGUGAUACACGUGCCUAAACAAAUUAUGCUUACAUUAUUUAAAAUGUGAUCCUUGUGGUUUACCUGUAAGUGCCAAAAGUGGUGUAUAUGGUAAAAUAAAGGUUGCAGGCUUAACUGUUAGAGGUACAGUAUAAGGAUUAUUUCCCUUUUCAUAAUAAAAUGGAAGUGAUCUGUA